AUGAGUAGUGAGGUGAGUAGUAGUGGCAAAAAGGGGGCGUCGCCCCGCACCACGGAGGUGCCUGUAGAAUGCCUCAUUUGCGCUGAGCCGUGUCGCGCGAUUUGUGUGUUCCCGUGCGGGCACCACAUCUGCUACAGCUGCGGUCUGCACAUCCACACGCUUAGCCACGGCAAAUGCCCCGUCUGCCGCGUGGCUUCGACGGAGAUGCCAAUUAUCACACAGUACGUCAGCGCAGAGGAGGAGCAGUAUUCGGAGGAGGAGAUGGCGAAGAUGCGCAAGGUGGUCGUGACGGACCGCAAGCUGCAGUGCGUGAUCGACUCGCCGCGGCUGGCGAUAGAGAUAUCCAAGCUGUACGAGCACCUCUGUCCGAUGGAGGGGUGUUGGAAGGAUGGGAGGCAAGACCCUUUCAUCGAGAUGGCAAUGCUGAAGGAUCAUCUGAAGGUUGACCACGACCUUGCCUACUGCGAGGUCUGCCUGAAGCAUCGCCCGGCGUUUUUAUGUGAGCAAUACGCCUACAACGAGGCGGCCCUGCAGCGCCAUCGCGAGGGCAGCUGCGCCGGCGACCGCUCCUCCUUCACGGGGCACCCGUCGUGCCGCUUCUGCCAGCGGGCGAAUCGCUUCUACGACGGCGAAGCGCUCCUCAAGCACAUGCAGCAGCAGCACUACACGUGCGAUGUGUGCAACCGUGGCCAGUUCACCUUCACCUUCUACGCGACGCGCCAGAAGCUGGAUCAGCACUUCCAGACGUGCCACAAGAUCUGCGACCACCCCGACUGCGCGAACCUCGACUUAAUGAUGCGCGUGUUUGGGAAUGAGAUUGACCUCAUGGUGCACAAGCAGCGCGUGCAUGGCAUGAAGACGAAGGCCACAUUCUCCCCCGCCAUGUUCGGCGAGGCGUCGAGUGGGCCGUCGGGGGCUCCCGGGUCGGCACCCGCCACGGCGUCGAACGCAAACGUAAUUCAGAUCACCUUCGAUCACGUGUUUCGCGUGGAGACGGUGGAGAUGAUGCCGACGAGGACGAACCCGCACGGCCGCGGCGGCCAUAAGGGCGGCGGUGCCAAGGCGAAGGUGCACGCCCCCGCAGAGAACGGCAUCCCGUUGCACUACAUGGAACGCGGCAGCUUCCCCAUUUUGAAGCGUCGAGUGGCGGAAGAGAGCGUCGUAGCUUCCGCUGCCUCGUCGCGGGUAGGGAACCAGCGCCGCAGUCAGCCCAGCAACGCGGGCGACAGUAGCGAGCUUAGCUCGUCUGCCUUUGGCGUAGCGGAGGACAUGAGCCACUACAACUCCAAAAACAAUCUGCCAAGCGAUAAGAAGGAGCUGGAUGCGCGCCUCAAGGCGAUGCUGGACAAGCACCUGACUUCCCCGGUCUUGCUCGCCCACUUCCGUGGCUACACACGCGACUUCAUAGACUCACGCAUUAUGACGUCGGAGUACUACGACGUGCUGGCCCUGGAGUGCUUCCCUGACCCGCAGGUGUUUCACGAGAUUUUUCCUCUGCUGGUGGCGACGAUUCCCAUCGCGGCCAAGAAGGCGGCGCUGCAGGAGGUCGGCAAGAUGCGCAUGGCCCCGGAGACACAGCGCAUUGCCCGCGCGCGCGAGGAGGACGCGCGAAAGGCGGCGGAAGCGCAGGCGGCUGCGGCUCGCGCCGAGGAGCAGCGCAUGCGCAACGCAGCGAAGCACCAGCACGGCGGCAAUAAUAACAAUGCCAGCAACAACGCGGCCAGUGGCUCUCGCGGCGGUGCUGCGUCGCCGUUCGCGAAAAAGAACAAGCAGCGGUCAAACGCAUGGGCCACCACGGACACCCGCGCGAAGUUCGGCGCCAGCCCCGCGGCGCACCACGACGAUCCCAGUGACUUCAACUAUCCCAACGUCAGUUCGCCUACCGGGUUGGCGCCCGCAGCGACGGCGAAGCCGCAGGGGAACAACGACCAGCACGGCUGGGCCUCCGCCGCUGCAACGUCCAGCGUGUCUCCGACAACGUCGUCGCCGACUGCCGCGCACGCGAUCCCCGGCCGCGGGCUUGUGAUCAACGAGGAGAACUUUCCUUCACUCCCGAGUAAUGGAGUGCGGCGGACAGCGUUUAACAAGAAGCAGCAUUCGCGGCCGAACGCCUGGUUUUCGAAGUAA